GAAUUGUUUUUCCUCAGAUGGAGUUUCAAGACGUGAUCAGCUCUUGGCUCAGCAAAGAAUGCACAGCAUGAUCAACUCAGUGGAUGUGAAAUCAGAAAUUCCUCUUGGAUUAGAACAAGUCAGACCAUUAGAUUUGAGAACUGAUGUCAGGAUGAUGGUACCCAUGAUGGAUCCCUUGAUGCAGGAAAAGCAGUUGCAACAUGAAUUAAUCCUGAUUCAACAUCAGCAGCAGAUUCAGAAACAGCUUUUGAUAGCAGAAUUUCAGAAACAGCAUGAGAACCUGACACGACAGCACCAAGCACAGAUCCAAGAGCACAUAAAGUUACAAAAGGAACUCUUAGCCAUUAAGCAUCAACAAGACAUUCUUGAAAAAGAACAGAAACUUGAACAACAGAGGCAAGAACAGGAAUUGGAGAGACAUCACAGGGAGCAAUGUCCGCCAAUCAAAAGCCGAGAAAGAAGCCGAGAAAGAGCAGUGGCCAGUACUGAAGUGAAGCAGAAACUUCAAGAGUUCCUGCUGAGUAAAUCAGCGGCAAAAGACUCACUAUCUAAUGAAAAGAAUCAUUCCACUAGUCGGCGCCCCAAGCUCUGGCACAUGGCUUCCCAUCAUACCUCACUGGAUCAAGCUUCUCCUCCCCUUUGUGGGACGUCUUCAUAUAAAUACACAUUGCCGGGGGCACAAGAUGCCAAGGAUGACUUCCCACUCCGCAAAACUGCCUCUGAACCCAAUUUGAAAGUUCGCUCCAAGUUAAAACAAAAAGUAACAGAAAGAAGAAGCAGCCCUUUACUCAGAAGGAAGGAUGGAACAAUGGUCUGCUCAUUGAAGAAAAGAUUAAUUGAGAUGACAGAAUCAUCAGUUGGUAGCAGUUCUCCAGGAUCAGGCCCAAGUUCACCAUGUAAUUGUCCUACAAGAAAUACAGAGAAUGAAACAUCAGUAUUGCCUUUGAAUUCUUCAGCCGAGUCACUUGUUCCACAACACUGCAUUCUCAUCAAUGAAGAAUCAAUGAACCUUUUGAAUCUCUAUGCAUCUCCUUCUUUACCUAACAUCACUUUAGGACUUCCGGCAGUACAACCACCACUCACAGUAUCAUCACCAUUUGCAGAAAAGCAAAAUAAUGAGAUGCAGUCAAUCAAGCAAGGAGUAGCCAUAUCUAGUCAGCCCAGGGGGACUAUCAGUUCACUUUCAAGUCCUCCGCCCAUUGUUCCCAUUGUUCCAGAGGGGAAGCCAAACUAUAGCCAUCAGGCUAUCUUGCAACAUUUGCUAUUGAAGGAGAAAAUGAGGCAGCAAAAACUUCUACCCACAGGUACAGGGCCUUUUCAUCCACCAUCACCAUUGGCAACCAAUGAAAGUGUCUCACCUGGGCUAAGAGCUGCACAUAAAUUACCUCGACACAGGCCACUAAACAGAACACAGUCUGCUCCCCUCCCCCAGAGCACCUUGGCUCAACUUGUCAUUCAACAACAGCAUCAGCAGUUUCUGGAGAAGCAGAAACAGUACCAGCAGCAAAUUCACAUGAACAAAAUGCUUUCUAAGUCCAUAGAACAAUUAAAACAACCUGGCAGUUUGGAAGAAGCUGAAGAAGAACUUCAAGGAGAGCAUUUGAUGCAGGAAGAAGGAGCUGCCUCUGUUGGUGUCAGCAUUAGGGAUGACAGCAGUGGCAUUUCUUUGCAGAACUUGGGAAAACCUUUUGGAGCUGUGAAGGUGAAAGAGGAACCAAAGGACAGGGAUGAUGGUAUUCAAAAUCAGCAAAUGGAAUCUGGGGAGCGGUCUGCUUUUAUGCAACAGGUAACAGGCACAGAUUUAGCUCCAGAUUGUAUCAUUAAAGUGAUUGUUUGA